AUGCAGUCCUCUCCUCCCAUGAGCGAAGGGAAAGCGCGCGCUAUCAGAGAACUCUCACGCAGUCUCAGUCACAGCCCCAGAAAUAUCACAUCGCCCUCACCACCACCCAGCGACUCGAAUCCCACGCAGCGGUCGGGUUUCGGCACCAACACGUCUCAAUUCUUUGACGACCCAGACAUUCUCAUGUCCACACAACACAACAUCGCGGAAGACACCAACACACUACCGGGAUACCCACGGAUUCGUUCAACCGCGAAGAAGAUGAACACUUGGGCUCCAUUUCGUUCCGAGCAGGUCCAGCCCGACACGUCCAUGGUCAACAAGGAGUUUGGCGACUUUGACCACAGCAUCUCCGACGAGGAGAGCAUGGCCAUCGAGCAGGCGCGAGGUAACCGCAGCAACCGCGGCACCCCCAGCAAGAUGAGCUCCCAGUUCAACAGCCUCUACGACAUCACACCCCCCACCAACAGAUCGCGUAAAUCAUACCAGGCAGACACUGGCAGCCUUCGACGCGACGCGGCUAUCCGACGCGCCUCGCGCAACGACCUGGACUACACUGCAUCGCCGCGUCCUGCAAGCAAGCGCAAUUCUCCCGCUCUCUCCACAAAGGAAAGCCGCAAGAGCACUUCACUUGCACAGCUGCACGCAAAGCUCUCCGAAGACGAGUCAUCGUUCAUGGAGCAUCGACCACCAACACUGACCAUGGAGUCGACCAAGAACACGCGCUGGGGUAACAGGAGCCGACAGACUUCUCUCCAAACCGACGGCAUUGCCGAUGCUCUUCCACAGCCAAAGGCUACACCUCGCUCAAGGCCUGCUACAGCACAGAACGCGACUGCGCAGUCCUUCAUCUUGCCCGACCUUCCCAACCUCACCGAGCUCGUCUCUGGCGUGUUUGACGAUGGCACACCCGUCUUUUCCAAGACUGCACCAUCACGGUCACGUUUUGCGGCUCCACCGUACGGCGGUCGCCGACCAUCGCAUAUUCCCAUCGAUGGGGCGCCUAUACCUGAUGAGGAAAAGGCCAUCUUCGCUGCUCUCCAGCAGCUGCAGGAGAAGAUUGCGGACAUGGAGCGCGAGCGUGAAGACAAGGACAAGAAGAUUGAUGAGCAAGAGCUGGAGUUGAUCGAGCUGAGAGCGACUACGCAAGCCCAGGAGAAGCUCCGACGAAGCGACAGCGCGCAAGACUCUGACGCUGGCGGGAAAAGCGGCUGGAAGGUCGAAAAGACACGUCUUGACGCGACUGUACAGACCCUUCGAACGAAGCUCGAUCGCGCCGACCGCAAAUCCGCCGUCCUCGAGAUCGAGAAGAAACGUCUGAGCACCGAACGGGAUAACAUGGCCCAUCAGCUGGGUGUCGCGUUCCAGACUUGCGAGGAGCUCAAGAUCGAGAAGAAUGCCUUGACCAAGGAAAACGAUGAACUCCGCCAGGAAAUUGACACCCUUCGUGCCGAGAACGAAUCUCUGCGCGAUCAACUCGAACAAGACUUGUCCCACCACCGAGAAGAGACGACCCAGCUCCGCCAACAGUUUGACCAAGCCGCAAACGCAACUCAGAGGGAGAACGCGAACCUGCACGCAGAGUUGGCUCGCGUGCGCGCUCAACAGGACGAAAACACUCAGCAAUUGACUCGCAGAGACAUGGAGCUGCGCAAGGCACGUCAAGAACACGCCGAGUACGCGAGAUUGAAGUCCGACCAUGAGUUACUCAAGGCCCAGGUUGAGGAACUGAAGAGGAAGCGCGAAGAGGAUGUCAAGCGCUGGGAGAGGCAGGAAGAGAGUUUAAGAGGAAAGGUUGGGAGGCGGGACGAUACUAUUCGGCUGUUUGAGGAUACGACGACUCAAGAGCGUACAAAUGAAGCUAUGCGUCUAGACAACGAGAAUCUCCGAAACGAACUCCGAGAACUCCAAGCUCAGCAAGACGAGGAGAAUGAGGAGUGGGCGAGGAGAGAGGCGGAACUACAGCGCAAGAUUCGACAGCGUGAGAUUGCUGCAAGGAAAGCUAGGGUAGAGAACGAUACCGAGCACAUCUUCGAAGACAAGCCUAGCUAUCGCCGCGAAGAUACACGGACGCGAAUAAGGAGUCGCGUUCAGCAGGAGGUCCGUAACAGCAAAGUUGCCAAUCAGGAAAGCCCACGGAAGUCGUUCACCGGACAUUCGAGGUUCUCAACUCGCAGCUUUUCUGCACCUGUCCCAGCCGAUAAGCAUGCGCGCGCAGAGAGCGAUGUGGAAUCGACCACCGAUCUCUCUCUUGCGCCACGCGCCACUCUACGUAUCUCGCGGAACCCGGCUUCUUCUACUAGGCAGACGACGAUGACGGUUCAACCCCCCACUGAUCUGAGCCUCACGGAACUGAGCUUCUUCCCCCAGGAGGAAAUCGCGCGGUUGAGGCGCGAGCUGGAGGAACAGCGUGCGAAUGAGCGGGCUGGUAAAACUCAAACUGGAGAGCAAAUGAGGGAAGACACUGUGAGGAGUCAGCGACAGACUCGCGAGGAUACAGGGCGGUCCGUGGCAAGUGCAAAGAGCACAUCGCAUUCACGUCGACCCUCUCUUGUACGCAAGUCUAGCCUCAAAGACACCACACAGCGCACCGCCACCACGCACUUUGACGAAGACACAGGCAAGCUGUCCCAUGCAGACACCGCCGCCGACGACGCGGAUGCCGAAGCAACGCAAACUCGCCAGUCAGCCAUGUCUGAUGCGUCGAUGCUCAGCAACACUGGAAGGCGAAGGCGGAGUGCGCCCGCCACGGAAAUGACAAGUGCGUUUAUCCUACCGGAUAUCAAACUUGCUUCUUCCACUACUACCGGAGUGAAAACACACACUACUACUGCUGCUACUACUACCACCAAGCUCGUCAUCAGCAAGGAACACGACAAUGAUAAUUGUACCGUGUGUCGCCGCGAGGGUUACACGACGGCUACUGCUGCUCUCGUCGUGCCCAAGUUGGUUAAAGUGUCGGAACGCAUGUCAGCCGACGAAGCAGAUGAUGCUACGAUGCGGCCUGCGCAAUCUCCUAGAGAGGCUCUUGCUACGGUUGUCAAGGGACUCAAUGAUGAGCGCAUACACUUGACUGCCGAACUAGCCGUCCAGCAAGCUAUGCUGAGCGAGCACGAUCCUAGCCUAGGUGCUCGCCGCCGCGCGGCUAUCGACGUUAGUAUUCAAGAUUUGAUGCGUAGGUUGUCUUGGUUAGACCAGCAGAUUUAUAGGCUGCAUGAUGUGCUUGAGGGACAGGAAGAUGUUAGUGAGGAGGAGGUUGAAGAGCUUACUCAAGCUGUUAAUACGGCUGCUGCUGCUGCUCCUGCUCAGAAGGAGAAGAAGAAGGUUACUAUUCGAAGCUUUGUGUCUGAACAUGAAGUCUCGGACUGUGGCGAUCAUCACGGUGAGGAUGGAGGUGAUGAGAGUGUCGAGUUUAGAAGAGGUGGUCGAGGCAAGACAGAUGAGGAGAGUGAGGAUGAGUUGCCGUGGGAGGGGUUUGGGGAUAAUGAGGAGAGUUUGGGCAUGGAGGGGGAUGUUAGUUUUAAUGCGCUCGCGGGGUGGAGGGGUGCACAUUAG